UGGGUUUCAAUGGAUGGGCCAAAGCUGAAAGAAAAGGCUGGGAAAACGGUCCGGUUCAGAGUCGCAUCUGCCAACAGUGGCCGAGUCCUGGCCGAGGUGUUCAAGGAUGAGAGGACCUGGUGCGGCUCGGUUUCUGACUCUGCAGACUCGGACGGCACUGGCAGUGUGGAUGCAGACCAGGUAAGUCUGCCACCCACCAGUGAGGCCAAUAGGCACCUGAACGGCUUGGAGGCUGCCGUGGACGAGAACGGCUGUGAAUCAGACGACCUGCUUCUGUAUGCCAGUGUCAAGAGGGAGAUGCUGUUCAGCAACAAGAGGGUCAACAUCUGCAGUAAGAACGGGACCAUCCGAGGGGUGAGGAACAAAGUGAGCGCAGGCCAAGUGCUUUUCAACAGCCUCUCUAAUAUGUACUCUGUAAGUUGGUCCAACACUACGUGA